ACCGCGGGCCGGGGGCAGGGCCGGAACGCCGAGCCAACGUGAUGGCGUCAGGGGCCGGGGGCGCCGCUUCCUGUUGUCAGUGACCAAGAGACCGCAUCGUCGGCUCGGAGGCUGAGGGGCUGCCGCGGCCGGGAGCGCCCCUCGCCUCGCUCCUCGCUCCGCUUGGUGUCAUGUGAUUCUCUGAGGGAGCAGCUGCAUGAGUGGAGAUGCUCUCAGUGGUGGAGAAUGGACUGGACCCCAAGGCUGCUAUCCCGGUCAUCAAGAAGAAGCUGGUGGGAUCUGUGAAGGCCUUGCAGAAGCAGUACGUGUCCCUGGACACGGUGGUCACUAGUGAAGACGGAGAUGCCAACACCAUGUGCAGUGCCCUGGAGGCCGUAUUUAUCCAUGGCCUGCAUGCCAAGCACAUCCGAGCUGAGGCCGGAGGAAAAAGGAAGAAAAGUGCCCACCAGAAGCCUCUGCCCCAGCCUGUCUUCUGGCCCCUCCUGAAAGCUGUCACCCACAAACACAUCAUCUCAGAGUUGGAGCACCUGACGUUUGUCAACACGGAUGUGGGCCGCUGCCGGGCAUGGCUGCGGCUGGCCCUGAACGACGGCCUGAUGGAGUGCUACCUGAAGCUGCUGCUGCAGGAGCAGGCCCGCCUGCAUGAGUACUAUCAGCCCACCGCCCUGCUCCGGGAUGCUGAGGAGAGCGAGUUCCUCCUUAGCUUCCUGCAGGGCCUCACGUCCUUGUCCUUCGAACUCUCCUACAAGUCUGCCAUCUUAAAUGAGUGGACGCUCACCCCACUGGCCCUGUCUGGGCUUUGCCCGCUUUCUGAGCUGGACGCUCUCUCUACCUCUGGUGCAGAACUACAGCGGAAGGAAUCUCUGGAUUCCAUUUCCCAUUCCUCAGGCUCUGAGGACAUCGAAGUCCAUCACUCGGGCCAUAAGAUACGGAGGAACCAGAAGCUGACUGCCUCCUCCCUCAGCCUGGACACGGCCAGUUCAUCCCAGCUGUCCUGUAGCCUAAACUCUGAUAGCUGCUUACUCCAAGAGAAUGGCUCCAAGAGUCCAGACCAUUGCGAGGAGCCCAUGUCCUACGACUCAGACCUGGGCACAGCAAAUGCUGAGGACUCAGACCGGUCUCUGCAAGAGGUAUUGUUGGAAUUCAGCAAAGCCCAGGUAAACUCUGUGCCAACCAACGGACUGAGCCAAGAAACGGAGAUCCCCACACCACAGGCCUCGCUCUCCUUCCAUGGCCUCAACACCAGCACACACCUGCACUGUGAGGCACCUGCAGAGCCCCUUCCUGCCCAGGCAGCCUCUGGAACUCAAGAUGGUGUCCACGUGCAGGAGCUGCGUCCCCGGGCGCCCAGCACCCUGGACUUACAGCAGCCUGUAGAGAGCACCUCAGGCCAGCAGCCUUCUAGUACUGUCAGCGAGACAGCCAGAGAAGUGGGCCAAGGGAGCGGCCCGCAGAAGGCCCAGACUCAUGACGGAGCUGGUCUGAAGCUGGUAGUUUCCUCACCCACCAGUCCGAAAAACAAGAGCUGGAUCUCAGAAGAUGACUUCUACCGGCCUUCCCAGGAGCAACCCCUGGAGAGUGCUUCAGACCACCCAAUAGCUUCUUCCAGGGGGACUCCAGAGUCAAGGCCUGGUCUCCACAGGCAUUUUUCUCAGGGACCAAGAAAAAGCUGCUCCCUGGGGGCGUUAGACCAAGCGUGUGUACCUUCCCCAGGAAGAAGGCAAGCCCAGGCAGCCCCAUCCCAGGGGCAUAAGAGCUUCCGGGUGGUACACCGGAGGCAGAUGGGACUGUCCAACCCAUUCCGGGGUCUCAUGAAGCUGGGCACCGUGGAGCGGCGAGGGGCAAUGGGCAUCUGGAAGGAGCUCUUCUGCGAGCUCUCCCCGCUGGAGUUCCGCCUCUACCUGAGCAACGAGGAGCGCACCUGUGUGGAGAACUGCUCCCUGCUUCGCUGUGAGUCUGUGGGGCCAGCCCAUAGUGAUGGGCGCUUCGAGCUGGUCUUCUCUGGCAAGAAGCUGGCCCUGCGCGCCUCCUCCCAGGAUGAAGCUGAGGACUGGCUGGACCGGGUGCGGGAGGCCCUGCAGAAGGUCCGGCCUCAGCAGGAGGAUGAGUGGGUGAACGUGCAGUACCCAGACCAGCCUGAGGACCCCCCCGAGACGCCCCAGGGCUGCCCCUCUCCCUCAGACCUGCUCUCGGAGCCCGCAGCCCUCCAGGGCACACAGUUUGACUGGUCGUCCGCCCAGGUUCCAGAGCCAGAUGCCAUCAAGGAGUCCCUGCUGUACUUGUACAUGGACAGGACCUGGAUGCCCUAUAUAUUUUCUCUGUCCUUGGAGGCUCUGAAAUGUUUCCGCAUCAGGAACAAUGAGAAGAUGCUGAGUGACAGCCACGGUGUGGAGACCAUCCGGGACAUCCUGCCAGACACGAGCCUUGGGGGCCCGUCCUUCUUCAAAAUCAUCACGGCCAAGGCUGUCCUGAAGCUGCAGGCCGGGAACGCCGAGGAGGCCGCCCUGUGGAGGGAUCUGGUCCGCAAAGUCCUGGCAUCCUACUUGGAGACGGCCGAGGAGGCGGUGACCCUGGGCGGGAGCCUGGAUGAAAACUGUCAGGAGGUGCUGAAAUUUGCCACCCGGGAGAAUGGCUUCCUGCUGCAGUACCUGGUGGCCAUCCCCAUGGAGAAAGGCCUUGACUCCCAAGGCUGCUUCUGCGCAGGCUGCUCCCGGCAGAUCGGCUUCUCCUUUGUACGACCCAAGCUCUGUGCCUUCUCUGGCCUCUAUUACUGUGACAUCUGCCACCAAGACGAUGCCUCAGUGAUUCCGGCCAGGAUCAUCCACAAUUGGGACCUCACCAAGCGCCCGAUCUGCAGGCAGGCCCUGAAGUUUCUGACGCAGAUCCGGGCCCAGCCCCUCAUCAACCUGCAGAUGGUGAACGCGUCUCUGUACGAGCAUGUGGAGCGGAUGCACCUCAUUGGGAGGAGCCGGGAGCAGCUGAAGCUCCUGGGGGAUUACCUGGGCCUGUGCCGGAGCGGCGCCCUGAAGGAGCUCAGCAAGAGGCUCAACCACAGGAAUUAUCUCUUGGAGUCUCCGCAUAGGUUCAGUGUUGCUGACCUCCAGCAGAUCGCAGACGGGGUGUAUGAAGGAUUCCUCAAGGCCCUGAUUGAAUUUGCCUCCCAGCAUGUCUACCACUGCGACCUGUGCACCCAGCGCGGCUUCAUCUGCCAGAUCUGCCAGCACCACGACAUCAUCUUCCCCUUUGAGUUUGACACCACAGUCAGGUGUGCUGAUUGCAAGACCGUCUUCCACCAGAGCUGCCAGGCUGUGGUGAAGAAGGGCUGCCCCCGCUGUGCCCGCCGGCGCAAGUACCAGGAACAGAACAUUUUCGCCUGAUGCCCACCUGCUGACCCCGCUCUGAAGGCCGGGGGUGAGUGUGGCUCAGCCAUCCCAGCUGGGUUUGCCAUCAGCCCAGGAUACUCACCGUGUCACAGCUGUGUCCCCUUGUCAGGAAGACCCUCAGAUGUGACCAGAGCACCGGCCUCCCAGAGAAAGCCCAGGAAGUCCCCGUGAUGUCCCCUGGCCCUCCCCCCACCCCUCUGCUGCAGGAGGCGUGGCCACCGCCAGAUGCUCCCUGUCUCGGGGCAGACAGGGCCUUUACUCACCAGGCCCUGGCUCACCAGCGGCCCGGCGCCUCCGUGAGGGCUGCCCAAACACUGUGGAAAGGGGACUUGGGGAGCAUUUUCAAUUCCACAUUCCUGAUUAAAAGGUCUAGUUUUUUAAGGUGGAUUUUUCCCAUUCAUAUUUCAACA